GCAAGUGAUAGAGCUCUACGCCUCUAUGUGUGUGUGUUUGUGUGUGCAUGUAUGUGUGUGCAUGAAUGUAUGUGUGGAUCUGCAGAGAUUUAAAAGCCCAGGCGUAUAAUAGUAGUCGAAGAGGGGGGAGGCAGGGGGGGUUCAGUGCCAGCAGCUGCUCAUAUUCUGGUGACGUCUGCUCCAUCACCAGCCAGGGAGGAAAGAAGCAAGAGGGAGAGAGAGAGAACGAGGAACCGAGAGGGGCAGAGAGCGAAAGUCCUCCAAAUUCUAAAAGAAGGUAGAGAACACCUCCCCGUGAGUGUGCCAAUGUUCUUUGGGGACCUGCCGCUUGGAGAUGGACAGCCUCCUUCUCCACUUCUCUUGGUUUUCCUGCUGCACCUCCUGAGGAUCUCUUGAUCCCCCACCAGAUGCAUCAAGGCUUCCCAGGAGGGCUUCCCUGUAGCUGGAAAUGAUCUCCGCCAGAUGACUCUGGCUUUUUGGGGGAGCCUUCUGCUGAGCCAUGGAGAUCGGUCUGUUGGGGCUUCUUCUCUGGUGCUUCCAUCUGGAACUCCUGUGGGCAACCGGGAUCUUUCAACAUCAACGCUCAGCUCCAUCCAAGGCCAGGACACCCAAGCCAAAGGACUGGAUGCCCCCUUCCUCAUCAUCUCUGGCUUCAUCUUUCACCUGGAUGCCCACCUUAAACUUGGAUAAGGCCGAUCCUGAGGGAUCAGAAGCAGCAGUGGCUUUCCUGUACUCUGGGGACACAGUGCGCCUCUCACAAGCCAACUGUACUCAGAGAUUUGAGAUGAGGGAUGUGGGGAAGGUCUCUAGUCCACCUCCAGCCCUGCGUUCCUCUUUGCGCAACGCUAUCGACACCCUGGCCCAUGCCACCAAUUUCCUCAACAUGGUAUUCCAGACCAACGACAUCCGUGAGUCUAGCAUGAAUGAGGAUGUGGAAUGGUACCAUGCUUUGGUCAGAAGUGUCAUGGAAGGAGAUUCCCAAGUAUACCGAGCCAUUCUGACCUUUGACCCACACCCGGUGUCUUCCAAGCCCCAGAUGAUGCUCCAGGCCACCAAGGAGAACAAUGAGAUACUACUCCAGGAUCUCUCACCCUUUGCGGAAAGUCUGAGGAACUUGACUUGGGAAAAUGAGUGGUACAACUUCUUCCGGUUUCAGAAAGCCCCAAAGCUCUACAAGCGAAUCCUCAGCAAUGAUCUCAAGACCCUGGACACUCCCAAAUGGAGCCGGGGAGAUAGCUAUGUGAUGGAUACAGACCAUGUCAAGUGGUCACCACCUUUCCUGGAAUGUGAGGAUGGGAAAUUCCUUCCCAACUGGAUGGUCACACUCUCCUCUUCCUUCUACGGCCUCAAGCCUGACCUGAAACCAGAAUUCAAGGGGGUCGUGAGAAUGGAUGUUAAAAUCCGGAACAUUGAUCUAAACCAAUGCACCAAUGGACAGGGAUGGUUUGCAAACACACACCAGUGUGAUCUCAACAGCACAAAGUGUGUCCCACAAGAAAACCAGGGCUUCAUUCUGGGAAGAUACAUUUGCCUCUGCAAACCAGGUUUCUACCAGCCAAGCAGGCCUUUCUCCUCUCCCCCCUCCUCCAGUAAUGGCUGGUCUGGCAAAAGUUCCUCCCAAUAUGCAGGCCAGUAUGGGACAGUGGAGUCUGGGAAUUUGCUGGAGUGUCGCCCCUGCCAGCAAGGAUGUAGCACUUGCAUUGAUGACACACCAUGUUUGAUCAAAGAAGAUUGGUCUCUGAGGGCUGCCAUCCUGGCUUUUCAGGCCUUCUGCAUGCUGGCAGUCUUCCUCAGCAUGCUGGUCUCCUACCACUUCAGGAAGAGCAAGAGGAUUCGGGCUUCAGGUGUUAUUCUUCUGGAGACGAUACUGUUUGGCUCACUUCUUCUCUACUUUCCUGUGUUUAUUCUCUACUUCAAGCCGAGCAUCUUUCGCUGCAUUGUCCUGCGCUGGGUGCGUAUGCUGGGUUUUGCCAUUGUGUAUGGAACGAUUACUCUCAAACUGUACAGGGUCUUAAAGGUCUUUAUCUCCCGCACGGCCCAGCGAGUCCCUUAUAUGACCAGUGGGCGGGUUCUGAAGAUGCUGGCUUUGAUCCUGCUCUUAGUGCUUUGGUUCUUAGCAGCCUGGACCGUUGGGAUGUUGGAGAACAUAGAGAAGAACAUCCCUCUGGUAGUCCGAUCCCAGACCACGAAUGGCCUCCAGUUCUACAUCUGCGACCAUGACCGCUGGGACUACAUGAUGGUGGUUGCGGAGAUGUUAUUCUUGUUCUGGGGAAGUUUUCUCUGCUACGCCACACGGACGGUCCCUUCCGCUUUCCAUGAGCCACGCUACAUGGGAAUUGCCCUCCACAACGAAUUGAUUGUUUCAGCUGCCUUCCACGUUGUCAGGUUUUUAAUGGUUCCUUCUCUGCAUCCAGACUGGACGCUGCUGCUGUUUUUCAUUCACACACACAUCACGACCACAUUGACGUUGGCACUUCUUUUCAUCCCAAAGUUCCUGCACGUAGGAUCGCCCUUGAGAGAGGAAAUUGCCGCCGAGGUGUACGAGGACGAGCUGGACAUGAGGCGAUCGGGCUCCUACCUGAACAGCAGCAUCACCUCGGCCUGGAGUGAGCACAGCCUUGACCCCGAUGACAUCCGGGAUGAACUGAAAAAGCUUUACACGCAACUGGAGGUUCAUAAGACCAAGAAGAUGACAUCCAACAACCCGCACCUUCACAAGAAGAGGAGCUCCAAGAGGGCCCUCGGCCGUUCCUUCAUGAGGCGUAUCACCGAGAUCCCGGAGUCCAUGUCCCGCCAGUGCAGCAAAGAGGAGAAAGACGGAUCCGCCACUGGAGGCAGUGAGAGCCGCUCGGGCUCCUACAAGCGAAGGCGCAUCGACUCUGGUAGCUCGAGCAUGAAGCUGAAAGAUGACUUUUCUUCCAAGCGCAAGGUGGCCCCAUCGCUGAAGAAGUCCCACAGCACCUACGACCACAUGACGGACGUCAAGGAGAACAACCUGCCAUCCAGGCAUGAUAGCUUCAAGGAAGCUCCUUUGUUGGAUUCGCUGAUGAGGAAAAAACUAGCCAAGAAAGCUUCCGAGAGAUCCAAUAGCGACUCCCUUGACAAUUCGGCGCCUCUGGUCUACAAGUCAGCCAGCGCUCACAACCUGUCAGCAGGUAAGAAAGCUCUGCAAGUCAAGCCUUCCCCUCUCCAGAAGUCCCUCAGUGUUGCUACAAGCGCCAAAGAGAAGGCCUUGUUGCUCACAAGCAGAGCUCACCUAGUAGACCACGGUAGGCAAGCCCAAGACAAAAAGAAGCGAGCAGCAGGAGACUCCACAACCGGAAGUGAGGCCUCUGGGCUCACUGAGAGUACUGACAUUGCCUCAAAUCUAGUAAUGAAACAGCUACAGAGGGAUGAUGCAUCUGAAGCAACAGCAGACACCCUUCUGGGAGACAGCAGCUCCGUUGAAGACACUGCAUGCCCAGAGGAAGCUGUUUCGGCUUCCAUCACGGCCCCGUCAACCCCUUCAGAAAGCAGGAUCCAGAAGCACGUCACAUAUGCCCCCAACAGGAGUUACAGUGAGCAUAUCUCUGACUGGGUGGGAAAGAGAUACCAGGCUGGCAAAAAGACCCCACCUGAGCCACCCAUCCGCCAACAAAGCCUGAGUUAUAGUCUCGAAAGAAGAGACCAAACGCCGGCCCUCACUCGGUCCUUGAAGAGAGAUUCCAAAGGUAGUCCAACCCUGGCAAAUGUUCACUCCUGGGAAACAGAGGCAUCGCCGGCAAGGAGCGAGGCCGAAAGGAGUAGGCAAGCAGCAGAUGACACACCCCUUCCUUCUCCUGUCGGGCUACAACGGCUGGCCUCUAUUGCAGCAGAGGUCUGUCCUUGGGAGGUCAUGGAAGUACCAAGCAAAAAAGACCCACAAGGGAGUGAGCAGGAGAGUCAAAGCGACUCUGCUGAGAAACCGCCCCCACAGGUCUCCAUUCCAAAAAGCUCCUUGAAAACCUUAACUCUGGCCAUUAAAGCGCUGAACCGGUCACGGCUAAAGGCAAGCGCGAGAAUGAGGAGAGAUAGCGAAGGAAGCCCAAGAAAAAACGAAAGAAAACAAAGUACGGAUGGAAAGAACGAAAAGCCCAGCUUGGCAGAAACAGCCUCUCUGUCUGUUGGAGGGUCACCAAGGCAACAAGAAACACCCCCGAGCUUGGAGGCGAGCAGGGCAAUCAUCAGGCAACCAAGCAUCUGCCCUUGGGAAGAGGAGGACAUUCCUUCCAGCCCUCGGGAGAAGAGUCCAGGUAAAGCGUUUGAGAUAUAUCCUUGGGAGAUGAGCCAAGAUGGCACCAUGCUCGGCAGAGCAAGCAGUACAGAAGCAAUGGCUCCCGAAAGCAUGGCAAAGAGCUGCCCUGUCGUGGUGGCAAAGGCCGAAAGCCAAGAGGACUUCGUGUGGAGGGGCCCAGAGAGUGAGCAAGACACCUCCAAGUUUGCUCUAAUGGUUCCAAGAACAGACAACAAAAAGGCAGCAGCAUAUCCUUGUGAAGUGCCAGAGGCCACGGACAGUGGUAAAAGUGAUGGCUGGACCUGGGGAAUAAGCACAGCUUUGCCAAGAGAGGACUCAAUAUCCAAGGUAGACCAAAAGAAACCCAAGAGUAUGGAUAUCAAUAAGGCACAAAUUUGUCCUUGGGAAACAGAGGAAGUGAGUACCAGUGAUAAAGCACUGGUCUGCCCUUGGGAUGAGGAGGAGCCUCUGAUGAAGAUAUCAUCUGUGGACAAGAAGGAAGCCCCUCCCAGAGAGAACAGCACAACCCAAUGUGCAGAGGCAACGCAGAAAAUCAGCCAAGUAGAACCCAUUUGCCCCUGGGAGUCCAUGGAAUUACCAGCAAAAAUGGAAGAUGAUAAAAAUGCAACCAGUUGUAGGAAAACCGAAGAUGGAACAAACAUCAAAAUAGUGAUAUGUCCUUGGGAGAUGACGGACCAACCAGGUCAGGAUCCAGGAGAGGAAUCCAAAAGGGCUGAAAGGACAAAAGCUAGAAGCCCCAUACCAGAGGAGGCGGGUGUCAUUCAGUCUAGAAAAUGGGACAGAGCAGGCAAUCAUCAAGACCCAGUCUGCCCCUGGGACACCAUAGGAGAUGAAGAACCUAACCCAGAAACGCCUGCUACAAUACCAGAUCUACCUAAAGUCAUUUUGAAGACAAGCAGCGGCGAGCCAGGUAAAAAGGCAGCGGUUUGUCCUUGGGAAGCUGAAGAUAUUGAAGUCGACUUGAAGGCAGCCAUCUGUCCUUGGGAAGAGACUCUGGCUCCAUCUGAUAGAACAACUUCAAAAAGGACAGGAGACCUCUUGGCUACAUCUCCAGAGAUGGUGAGCAGUCCACGAAACUCCAUCUGUCCUUGGGAAACGAUGGACACUCAUGAAAUUCCAUCAGAGGCCAGUGCUAAAGGUCCAGACCCAUCUAAAGUAGACAGCAAAGAAUCCAGCAGAACAGACACCUUUAAGGGACAAGUGUGUCCUUGGGAAAGCCAGGAAACAGAAUCCAGGACCAAGGCAGAUGUGUGCCCAUGGGAAGAGCCUGAAAGCUCACUGGGUAAAACAGCAUCCACAAAAGGUGGCAGAGCUCUGGAACAUGACAGGACUACCCCUUCCAAAGAAACAGUGUCUUUUAAAGCAACAGAGAAAAAGAGCAGCCCACGAGAGUCAGUCUGCCCAUGGGAAACUGUGGAUCCCGGUGAAACCUUCAUUAAACCAGAAUUGUCUAAAGCCCCUUCUAAGAAAUCUGAGAGUGUUGAGAGCUUGAGAGCAGAGAUUUGUCCUUGGGAAGUCCCUGAAAGUCCACCAAAUAAAAGGGCUUUGACUUCAAGCAACCAAGAUGGCAAGGGCACCACAGUAAAGUCUACGGAAAAGCAGAGCAGCCUACGAGAAGAAGUCUGUCCUUGGGAGAGCAUGGAGCUUGAGGAACCUUCCACAAGAUCUGGUCGUCAAAGCCCAGCCUCAAAGAAAUCAGACAGCCUUGAAAGUCUGAGGGCGGUCAUUUGUCCAUGGGAAACUGUAGAAGAAGACCUCAGUACAGUAGAGGUGCCCCCAGGGGCAGUGGAGAAGGCACCCUUUGAAAAAAAGAUGUCAAGGCACGAUCCAGUUGGGAUUUCCAAAGUGUCUGCAGACAGGGCAUGGAGAAGUCCAGGAGCACAGAAAACGGGGGGAGAAACUGCAUUUAAGAAAAUAGAGAAGUCCAAGAGCCACCAAGAGACAGUUUACCCUUGGGGCAGCAUGGACUUUGAGAAGCCACCUGCCAAAAGCUCCCGAAGUCUAGAUCUAUUGAGCGUUGAGGGCAUAAAGGCGGAGAUUUGCCCAUGGGAAUUCCAGGAGGUUGCUACGAGAGAGGACAUAUGUCCAUGGGAGACAUAUGAAGGACCACUGGAGAGAGACACCUUGAAAGAGGUUAAAAGUAGGAGUUCUAUAGAUGAACCAAACACCGGACCAGGGAGAUUAUGGAAGGCUUUAGAGAAAGGGGGCAGCUCACGAGACUCCAUUUCUCCUUCGAGUAGCAUAGAACUAUUGAGCAGCAAAAGCCCAAACCAGUCCAAAACUGGCUCUAGCAAAUCAGAUAGCAGUGAAAGCUUGAGGGCAGAGGUAUGCCCUUGGGAAGUAGAGGAAGAAGAAUCGGACCGUAACAUGCCACCCUUGAAAGCAGAGCCAUUGCUGAUUACUAAAGUGGUAUUAAAACAAGAUAUGAGCAAAGCUUCAAAAGACAAAAGGCAGACCAGGCCGGACUUGAAGAACAUUGAGGGGCCAAGUGCAUCUAGAAAGAUAGAGAAGGCUCACAGCCAUCAAGAGUUAGCUUACAAGGAUACUGGAGAACUCUCCAUAAAACAAACUAGUAAAAGCUUCGAUCUGUCCAAAGUUGGAUCCCAAAAAUCUGACAGCUCGGAAAGUCUGAGAGCUGAGAUCUGCCCCUGGGAAUCUCAGGAGUUUGAACUGGUCACCCAAACAGAAACGUUUCCCUGGGAGGUGGCAGAUGUUCCUCUUGAGAGGAGGCUAACGAGGAAAGUCAUCAGCAGUGCUUCCCAAGGGGAUACUGAAGCCGUUAAAAAAGGGCCCAGAGACAGACCAAAAGUCUUGGCCUCAAGCCGUUCAGCUGACACUCUGAUAAAGGAAUCGGACUGCCCUGAAAGCAGUAGGAUAGCAAUUUGCCCCUGGGAAGCAGAAUCACCAGAAUUAUUUGAUAAGGAGGAGAUCUGCCCAUGGGAAACAGGAAACAUUAUGGUCUCUGAGACCAAGAAACAGGCCACUUGUGCUGACCGGUCAGAGAUGCCACCAGUCAAUGAGAGAAGACCCCAAAGCAAACUUGAUAGUCUGCCUAGACACAGGCCUUUGUGUCGUACCUACCCUGAGCGCACGUUAGCAGAAGGCUUAAGCAAAGAUGGAGACUCGCAGACCACUACCACAGCAGAAACAGGAAGCGACAGUGAUAUGGCCAACAUCUGUCCUUGGGAUGACCCUGCCAGCAUCAGAAAAGACUCUGCCACCAUCAGCAAAUCUUCCUCCGAGGCGUCUCUGUUGGAGGGAAGAAAAAGUGGUUCCAGAGGCCAAACAAGGAAGAAGCCCCAAACCAGCGAGGCAAAGAGUUCCAGCCAAGCCAAAUCAGUUACCCGCCCUUGGGACUCCAACUGAACUGGAGAGAACAAAGAAGUUGCUCAGAAGUCCGAGGAAAGCUUCUGCAAAAAGACUGCUCUGCCUGUCACGUAGAGGCACGGCAUAGCCUACUGCCUGGAUUUCAACAAAGACAUUUCUUUGGGGUGACUCCAGUGAUGACAGCCACUGUAUUUUUAAAAUAAAAAAUAGUGAAGUAUCAGUUGGACAUUGGAGCAGUCACUGGAGAACAGUGGUACCUUCCUGCCUUCAUUUGCAGAAAAUCCAAGUUAGCUGCAAAAUACUGCACAUUCUGUUAUCUCUGUGUUAAAUGUGUAGCGUAUAUGCCCCUGCUGUGUGCCAAUUCUCCCAAAUUCCAGACCAUCUAUUCCUGAAGCCCAUGUAGACAAGAUGAACCUUGAUAUGGUUCACAAUAAAAGGUGUCAUCCAGAAUUCGUCUCCAAGGAAUGUUGGAUGGUAUCAACUCUGUGGGAAUCAGUUGACAAGGCGUCCUCCAGAGAGGGUACCAUCAUCUCAACUGGCUUGUGUUCUGGGGAACAUGAGCGAUGCAGCUGGUUCCCACAGAAUCAUGGUUGAUCAAGGAUUUGGGACUAUGCUCUACAAAAGAUGACUGAAUGGCUUAACCCCAAAGUUACCGAGGGGGAAACCUUUGCUGAGGGUCAUUUUCUUAUUUCACCCCAAAUUCUCCUCCCUGGUUCAUCAGAUUGACUUCUGCAACUGCCGAACUCUAACCUUUUUUGUAUCGUCUUACUGAUGUCAGCUUUGAUGCCUGAAUGCUACAUCCCAAGUCCAGUGGCUCCUCCAGCCAUUUCUUUCUUACAUUUUGAGACAUUCUCAUUUAUCCUUCCAGGGAAGCGUGGUGAGAAUCGCUGGUGUUAGCUUAACACCCACGCCAAGUCCACUUAGGUUUGUGUAAGGCAAAGAACUUUCUGCUUUGAGAAAGCUGUUUUCUAUGUUGGCUUUGUUGCUGAAGAAUCUGUUGAAGGCUUUUCCAUCCUCUGCAGUAGAUUCUGGGGCACAUGCAGUCCAUGAGGCCUGACGUGUGUUGCCAGUGUUGUCAACUGACUGUGUAUGUUAGGACACACCUAACAAUUGCUUGCAGUUGUGCAUGGCAAGGGAGAUGAAGUGUGGUAGAUAAGUCCAUUUCCAGGAAGCAGGUGUCCACCAUUACUCGGACCAGUGGGGUAGGAGCUCAACAUACUCCCAAGUUAAUCCCAUCCACUUCUCUUCUCUCAAUCGUAGGUGGGAGAAUAUUGUAAUCCACUUUGGGGAGAAAAGUGGGGUAUAAAUGAAGUAACUCUCAAAGUAUUGUCGAAGGCUUUCAUGGCUGGAAUCAACUGGUUAGUGUGGGUUUUCCCAGCUGUGUGCCAUGUCACAGUAGCUGAAAUUGCCAGCCACAGAUGUGGGCAAAACAGUAGUAAAAAUUAUCAUACUAGGGCCACACAGUCUGGAAAUACCGUAACAGCUAGUAAAUCUCAAAGGUUGGCAUCUGCAGAUCUUCCUGUCCAAGCUAGCCAACGUUUCUUGUUGUCUGGUGCCACUGUGCAUAGGACAAACGGCAUGUCAGACUGGAUUCCUGGCACCACCCCUGUGCUGUGGGGUGUUGGAGGAAGUAAGUGGCACAAAUUAUGCAUUCUCUUAUGGUGGAGCUGCCCCACCCACCCUUGCCUUUGGGGCUGGGGGAAGAAGCGUGGGGUGGAAAUGACAUUGUACCAUGUGUUGAUAUCACAUCCAAACAAAACCCCAGACACAUGCAGUCAGUUCAUCAGCUGACACUCUGGAAAUUCUAGAAGGAUAUGACAUCAUCAUGUAGUGCUCCCCCCACAAGUUCCUGGGGGGCACAAGGAGGCAGCCUGGCAUCCAUACACCUGAUGGAUUCAAGAGAUACAGAACCAAAAGAUGGUCCCCAUUCGGCAUCCAUUCACUAUCUCUCUCCCCAUCCCUACACAACAGAGAAUCUCCCACUCAAGAUAAAGAGGAUGCAGGGAAUCAGCCCCCACCCCACCCCGCAGUACCCCUUCUCUCUGAAGCCUUCUACAUCAUUUUGCAUUCUCUGAGCAUCCAUUAAUCCCCACAUGCACAUGGGGAUUCUGUGAGCAGCAACAGGGACGUUUGCUGCUUUUAAACAGGAUUAAAGCUGAAAUCCAAAAUUUGCUUGAUGGCCCCUGCCUGCCCCUGUGAGCUGUCCGUUACGCCUUUAGGCAGUACUGCUAACAUUGUGUGAGGCUGCCCGUCUGUCUCAGCGCUGAAUGUCAAACGAGGUUAUCCAAUGCUGUAAUAAGUGUAAAUACAGAAGUAAAAAUAUAUCUAUAUUGA